CUGCCAUCAAACACGCUUUCCUUUCUUCCAUUUCUUCCCCUUUCAUCUCUUCCUCUUAUUCUUCAUCACCGGCCCGCGUACGUUAAUAAUAUACUCUUACUUGCACCAGAAAUCUAUCCGCUUCCUUCAAGAAUAGUUACCGAAAUGGAAGCGGUGCAGGUGGAGGAGCUGACCUCGGGUGCGAGCGGUCGCAUAAUUCCGGUUUGUAAAAACCUCCGCCGCGCGGUUUUCUCGUACGACGCGGUGCGGCGUGGUUUGAUAUUAAUCCAGUCUAUUUUCUUAUGGAUGAUUGUGCUUCUCCUCCCCCACCGCCACUGCUCGCCUCCGUCGUCGGUGGCGGAUUCCGCAUCGGAGGCGUGGUUGAUGAAAAAGAGAAAAUUCCGGAAAGACGAGGAGGAUACUCUUAGACGUAGAGCUCUAGCUGAGGCCUUGCAGAUGGUCGCUGCAGAUGCAGGUGCUGGUAUGGAGUCCGAGAGCGCCUCCGGAAAUGGAAAUAGCCGGUGCCUCUGGAGCACUUCCUUGUUCUCUGGAGUUCGAAGGAAUGCUUUGUUUUGUCGCUCGUGGCUUCCGGUUUCCGGUGAAUUGAAAGGCAUCUUGAUCAUCAUCCACGGACUAAAUGAGCACAGUGGCCGCUAUGCUGAUUUUGCUAGACAACUUAACUCCUAUAACUUUGGGGUCUAUGCAAUGGACUGGAUAGGUCAUGGAGGGAGUGAUGGUUUGCAUGGUUAUGUACCCUCACUGGAUUAUGUGGUUGCUGACACUGGAGCUUUCUUGGAAAAGAUCAACAGGGGUCACCCUGGUAUACCAUGCUUCCUAUUUGGCCAUUCAACUGGGGGGGCUGUGGUUCUGAAGGCAGCUUCAUAUCCCCAAAUAGAGAUGAUGUUGGAAGGAAUCAUAUUGACUUCACCAGCUUUGCGUGUGACGCCAGCACAUCCAAUUGUUAGCGCUGUAGCUCCGUUGUUUUCACUGGUCGCUCCGAGGUACCAGUUCAAAGGUUCUCAUAAAAGGGGUAUUCCAGUUUCAAGGGACCCUGCUGCACUUGUGGCCAAAUAUUCUGACCCAUUGGUCUACACUGGCCCAAUGAGGGUCCGAACAGGCCAUGAGAUUUUGCGCAUCUCUUCUUAUUUGACGCGUAAUUUCAAGUCCGUUACAGUUCCCUUUUUCGUCCUUCAUGGAACUGCUGAUAGAGUCACAGAUCCGCUAGCUUCCCAAGAUCUGUACAAUGAGGCAGCUUCCGAGUUUAAGGACAUAAAGCUCUAUGAUGGCUUUUUGCAUGACCUCCUCUUUGAACCCGAGCGCGAAGAAAUAGGCCAGGAUAUUAUUGAUUGGAUGGAGAAAAAACUGAGCCCUGGGAAGCUUGAAAAUGUAAAUAAUUAUUGUUAAGAGGAAACAUCAACUAGUUCCCUUACUGCUUAUAUAGAUUUCAGUGUUGGAGUCAGCUCUAUGAUAUAUUUCACAAAACUUUUGGCAAGAAUCUAGUGCUGUGGCUAUUGCUCAAAAGUUUUAGUGAGAAGCUAGUGGUGUACUGAAACAAUUCAUGUCUGAACCCAUGAUUUCUGUUUUGCUAUAAUUGCAACAUAUUUGGUGAGAUUUUCCAAUUUA